UAUACCCCAGUGCACAUGGUUGGAGCUUCUUUUAUAAGCCUGGAAACCCCUUUACAUCAAGGGUCUUCAGCCGUAAAGACUUCUCACCUGCUGAGGAGAGAAUUAAAUCUCUGUGCUUUUAAUAAGGAAGCCAUGUCCAGCCGGCCAAUCGCGAUCAUAUCGAGUAAGACAGGACAAGGUAGAAACAACCAUGGGAUGAACCCCCACAGCCACAGAGCGUGUGAGUGCACAGAGUUGGACUCAGCUCUGUGUGGGGAGACUGGCCUCGGCUCCACCGUGGAUCUAAUCAGCAGCUGUUCUCACACACGUUGCAGAAACCACUGUCCUGCCUACAAACCCUGGCUCCCAAAAGUCCAAGAGCCGACCAACGAUCUCAGAGACAGGAGAAAGAAGAUUAACACGGUGUUUAUUGGUGUGCUGAAGAUCCCGCUUCUCUUCUUCCUUCUCUACUGCUUUGUUUGUUCUUUGGACACCUUGAGCUCUGCUUUUCAGCUGGCCGGGGGUAAGGUGGCUGGAAAUAUCUUCCAGGACAAUGUGAUCCUGUCGAACCCGGUGGCUGGCUUGGUGGUUGGCAUUCUGGUCACAGUACUGGUGCAGAGCUCGAGCACCUCCACUUCCAUCAUAGUCAGCCUCGUCUCAUCUGGCUUGUUGCAAGUGAAGUCUGCUGUCCCUAUAAUAAUGGGCUCCAACAUCGGCACAUCCGUCACCAACACCAUUGUUGCUCUGAUGCAGGCUGGAGAGAGAAACGAUUUUAAACGAGCGUUUGCAGGCGCUACGAUCCAUGACUGCUUUAACUGGCUGUCAGUGCUGCUGUUGCUGCCCCUGGAGGUAGCUACAGGUUUGCUCAGCUAUUUGGCCAAAGCCACUGUAUCCAAAUUCCAUUUACAGAGUGGAGAGGAAGCACCAGAGCUACUGAAGGUCAUCACUGAUCCCGUCACUAAGCUCAUCAUACAGCUGGAUAAAUCUGUCAUAACUGCCUUAGCGUUGGGAGAUGAAAGCAUGAGGAACCGUAGUCUGGUCAAAGUGUGGUGUGGCGUUACGCCAACGGUGAACGUGACAGGGAAUGGUUUUCAGAAUUGUUCCUCAGUGUUGCAUUCUGGGAAGGCUGGUGAUCUCAUCAUGCAGGAUAAUACAAAGAGAUGUUUGCAUAUGUUUGCCAACACUGAUCUGUCUGAUCUGUCUGUGGGUCUGAUUCUGCUGGCUGGAUCUCUUGUGGUGCUUUGUUCCUGCCUUAUCUUCAUCGUCAAAGUCCUUAACUCAGUACUAAAGGGUCAAGUGGCACGAGUCAUUCAAAUGGUCAUUAACACAGAUUUCCCAGCCCCCUUCGGCUGGCUGGCAGGAUACGUGGCCAUGAUUGUCGGCGCGGGAAUGACUUUCCUGGUGCAAAGCAGUUCAGUCUUCACCUCUGCCAUGACUCCGCUCAUUGGGCUUGGAGUGAUCAGUCUGGAGAGGGCAUAUCCUUUGACUCUGGGCUCCAACAUUGGCACGACUACUACCGCUAUUCUUGCUGCACUGGCUAGUCCCGGGGACAAGCUGUCUGCUGCCUGCCAGAUUGCUCUGUGCCAUUUCUUCUUCAAUGUGUUUGGAAUCCUACUGUGGUACCCGCUGCCCAUCAGCCGCUUACCAAUCCGCAUGGCGAGAGCAUUGGGUGAGCGCACAGCUAAGUACCGCUGGUUCGCUGUGCUCUAUCUCCUGCUCUGCUUCUUGCUACUCCCUGCACUGGUCUUCGGUCUCUCUCUGACCGGCUGGCAUGCCAUGCUUGGUGUGGGAGCACCAUUCACCGGAGUCGCCAUAUUCAUAAUUCUGGUAAACCUACUGCAGUCACAUAGCCCCACACACCUGCCCCGAUGUCUCCGGAACUGGGACUUCCUGCCUCUGUGGAUGCACUCACUCAAACCUCUGGACAAACUCAUUACGAAAGCCACAGUUCUUUGCUGCAAGUCCGACAAGUCCAACUCUGCCAAUCUGGACCCUGAAACUGCAACCAUUCCCGAUACAGCUAACAUAAAAGUAGAAUCUGUGGAAUCUCAGAGAAAGGCUCAAUUAUCUUACGAAAACCCUGCACUUUCACUUCAGGACGAGUCACCUCCCCAGCAACGAGUGUUUAAGCUAAAGGGGCUUGAACGUUGCAACAGCACACCACUUUAGAACCAAUGUUACCAAAUAAAACCCUACAGCUAGUGUGUGUUUGUUUUUCAAGACCAAAUGACAGUUUUCAAGCAUUCAAAACCAAGUGGUGUGAUUGGUAUAAUAAAGCCGCUCAUAUUA